UCACGUGAACACUCAGCUCACGUGAGAAUGCAAAGGAACAAAAUGGCUGCGGUGGGUGAGGAAGCCGCAGCCAUGGAUAGCAUCUCCAAGGAGCCAGCGGCCCUGGCAGCAGCAGUAAACACCGCAGGCGGCCCAGCUAAAGCGGAAUGUUCGGACGAAGGAGCAGAAAGUCUGACGACUGCUCCGAAGAAGUCCGGGACAAACAGUGAUGGAGGUGUAGAGACUGCAGAGGAGGCUGUGGAGCCCGCAGAAGCUGACAUCAACGAGCUGUGCUCCGAUAUGUUUGAAAAGAUGGCCGUCUUCCUGCAGGGAGAGCUAACAGCCACUUGUGAAGAUUACCGUCUUUUGGAGAACAUGAACAAACUCACAAGUCUAAAAUACAUGGAAAUGAAGGACAUCAGUAUCAACAUCAGCCGUAACCUGCAGGAUCUCAACAACAAGUAUGCUAGCCUACAGCCAUACUUGGACCAGAUAAACAAAAUUGAAGAGCAAGUGUCAGCCCUUGAACAAGCUGCUUACAAACUUGAUGCAUACUCCAAAAAACUGGAGGCCAGAUUUAAAAAACUGGAAAAGCGAUAAGGAAGAAGAGGAGGCGGACUGAGUUAUAAGACCUUACUUCCUUUCACUCGUCCCUCUGCUCUUGCUGCCAGCAGACUCGAGGGCUGCAGGGAGGAACUGCAACUGAAACAACUUACUUUCUGAUCCACUUUGAAACCUAAAAAGUACCACGGAGGAAGCAGCUGAAAGGACGUGGAUAAGCACUGCAGUAUCUGUCACAUAUCUGACUCCAGUAUCACAGAUUUUUGAGGACCUAUGGACAUUUGCUGGUGUUUUUAAUGCCUAAUCAUCAGCCUUGUCUGAUAAAUCAAAUGAAGAUGUUUUAAUCGAACUGACGGGUACAAGUAUCACUAUGUACAUAACACUUGCCUCCUGUUGAAACAUGGUAAACAAUCAUGUCCCAGAAGUUAAAUUUUGUUCUCUAAUAUUUGUAUGCAUUAAAUUUCCAAUCAGCAACAACAACCUGAAACUUGGAAUAAUGUUUAUAACUACAAACAUAUUUGUCCAGCAAAUAUGUUUGUAGCCUGAACGACAUUCUUCAGAAAUAAGUUAUUGUACUAUGUUAAAGACAAAAUAUUUUUAUUAAAUGCCAAGCAUUCCUUGAA